CGAGUGAAAAUGUCACAAGAUAGAAAUGCGUUGUGCUGUUUAAUCCUACGGGAACAAUUUGGAGACUUAGUCUCGAAGAUUGCUAAAGUUUUACUGAAGAAAGGGUCAUGUGUACUGAAAUACAUUUUAGCGGAAUCCGCACUUGAAUUGAAACAGGUGAAGAAGCUCCUCUGUCUUCUAAUACAACACAACAUUGUCACCUUUCAUUUAAACAAGAAAGGAUUGACAGAAUAUACUAUACAUUGUGAUGUCAUCCAGUGGCGACUUCGCUUUCCUCGCUACAUCUACUGUGCCAAGACACUCUAUGGAGACGCAGCUGAACUUCUGGUGGAGGACCUACUCAACAAAGGCCAGUGUUUGAUGAGUGAGACUGUCAUCAAUAUAACAGACAAACUCAAUGAAGCCCUCGAUGCCUCAGGUCAUCCUAGAAUAAACGCAGGACUAGUUAAAGAGAAAUUUGAGAAUUUAGCAAAGACACAUUUCAUUCAGCGUUGCCCUAACUAUAUUGGUAAAGAGGUCAAUGAUGAUUCUACAGUGAGACAAGCACCUAAUGAGGAUGAGCUGUACAUGAUACCCAAAAUGGAUAUUGAUGGGGAAGUCAGCAGAAAGAGGAAGCGAUCCACAGAAGGGGAGGUAACUCCUGCUAAACGGAGUAGAACAGAAUCACGGGAAGAUCAGUCAGAGGUUCCAAAAGAUGAUGGUAUUUAUUGGAGAGUUAACUUUGAACGGUUCCACCAGCAUUUCCGGGAUCAGAUUUUAGUAGCAUCUGCUGCCAGCAAGAUAGACGUGAAAGCUGGGGAAGUGCUGCGGACUUUUCUGAGACUGUGUGAGACAAAAUUUUCAUCAGCUACUACCACCUCAUGUGCAAUGAGUGUAAAUGAGGUGUUCCGUGCCUUGCCAAAGGAGCUCUUCCUGACCAGACAUGUGCUAGAGAUGUACAUGACUAUGUUAUGCGAUGAUAUGAAUGGAAUGUUCACCAAGGUUGAUGAGAUGUCUGGUGGUUUGUAUGUUGUCAAUUUCUAUAAAGGUUUACAAGAGAUCGCCAAGGCUCACUUGGAGUCUGCGGUACAGGAACGAUUUGGAUCCAAGUGCCUAAGAAUUUUCAGAGUUUUGUUGUUAAAGCAGCAUUCAAAACAAAAACAGAUUGAGGACUAUGCUAUGAUAUCUGCCAAGGAAGCUAAGGAACUGUUAUACAACAUGUUUUCUGAAAACUUCAUCACUCUAACAGAAGUGUCUAAAACUCCUGACCAUGCCCCCUCUCGUACAUUCUACCUGUUCAACGUAGACAUCCCUCAGGUAGCCAGAAUUGUUCAACAGAGAUGUUUCAAGGCGGUGAAGAAUGCCAUGAUACGACGUGAGGCUGAGGUGGCGGAACACAAACGAGUUCUAGACAAGAAGGAGAGAGUAGAUGCCAUUGUGGCAACACUGGCAGACUCCGAACAGAAGGAGGAGAUUGUGCAAACUAUCAGUCCCCCGGAACAGGAGCAGAUUCUCAAGGUCAAACAUACCGUGCGAAUGUUAGACCUAAGCGAGACCCAGAUAGACGACACCCUCUUUGUUCUCCAGUCCUAUCUACAGUUGUCUACACAACACAACCUAGAGAAUAUUGCUGUCAAAAAGAAGCGCUGACAAAAAAUAAAUUUCUUAAACAAUAUAACAUUGAUUUUUCCAUGUUUUAUUUGGAAACAUUGAAUGCAUGCCAGUAACAAUGUUAAAUACUAUUAAAUAAUCAUAGGUUAGUUUGUUAAUAACUUGAAAUCACGCCUUAUUUGUAAUUAUAUAAUACGACAGAUCGUGUGUGCUAGUUCAGCAAUGUUCUGAUUGGUUAAAAAUGAACGAAUCAUAGAAUUUGAAUGCCACACAGUAGGUAUGAUUUACUACUUUUGUGAUCAGUUACUUGGAUUACUUGGAUAGUGGUUAUUACUAUUACACAUCGGAGGCAUCCCGAUUAAAAAUGUAAACAUUUUAGAUCAUACUUGGGACACCAAAUAUUUAAUCCCGCAAACACCUAUGGAUGUGAUAAGUGACAAUGUACACAAAAGUUGGUUACCGUGGUUGUUGAAUGACAACAGAUAUCAUGAGAAUGGAGUUAUUCCCAAGUGACAAGUCUUAGGGGUCUGCAUGUUCAUGCAAGCAACCUGGAUUGACAACUGAAUUCAAGUACUAAAAAUAUGAAGUACAGAAUACAUGAUUAAAGCAUGGAAUGAUGUCAAAUAAGAAAUGUAUCAGCAUUGUAUUAAAGAGUACUGUUGUAUAAUAUGUAUUCCUGUAAUCGGAAUAAAAGCAACUCUGAUAUUGUCUGUCCACUUCAGAGACAGAAUGCUGUACAAGUAGAAAUUAUCUCCACCUCUGGUUAAAUUGCUUGUCAUGCCUUUCUUGGAGACCUGUAAUUUUAAAUCAAUUUUUUGUGUAAGAGUUAUGGGCCUUCGUACACAUGCAGUCCUUCGCCUUUCCCUAUGUGUUUUU